AUGUCGGCCGAAGACCUCGAUGCCGAACUCCUGGGCAUGGUCGGAGGGGAGUCGGACGACGAAGGAGAGGAGGCCGACCAGACGCAAGCCUUCGUCGAGGCUCGAAGCCCGACUCCUGAAGCGCGAGAGACGGUGGAAAAAGCCGAGGAGCCUGCCAGACGAACGAAAGGUGUGGCGCAGAAAGUGAAGGGUAGGAGGAAGAAGGCACGGAAGCAGGAGAGUGAGGAUGAGGAUGAUUUGGGUGGAGACUCACCCUCACCCGAAGCAUCUCUCGGCUCCGGUGGUAUGCACGACUCCGACGGCGAAAUCGACGCCCCAGGCUCACCCGAAGACGAAGAAACACCCCUCUACCCCCUCGACAACAAGUACCGCUCCGCCCAAGACCGCGAAGACAUUCUCGCUCUCCCCGAACUCGAACGCGAAAGCAUCCUCGCCGAACGCGCCGCUGAGCAGCUGAAGCGAACCCAAGAUUUGCAACUGAAGAGAGCUCUUGCGGCCGCACAAACGGCGAACAAGAAUAAGCGAAAAGCUGCUGCUGCCGAGCUUGAUGAUGGCGGGAGGAGGACGAGACCGAAGGCUGAGAAAACGCAUACUGCGCUUGAUGACUACAAGCGGGCGCGUGAAUUGAAGGGUACUGAUCGUGGACGACAGGAAGCUGGGAGGGGACGGAGAGAUGAGCGGUCGCCUUCUGCGGCUGGUUCGGAUCGUGAUGCUGAUGGGGAGUCUGAGGUUGAGUGGGCGGAGCCAUCUUCCGACCGGCGAGGCCAUGAUCGUGAUCGUGACCGCGAGGAAGUGAGAGCAGAGCUGCGGGACUUUGACCGAUGUCGUGUUGGACGCACUGGUUUCGCGAAGAUGUGCUUCUAUCCCGGUUUCGAGGAUGCGAUCGUGGGUUGUUUCGCACGAGUCAGUAUCGGGCCGGACAGGCAUACCGGGCAGAACAUGUACCGCAUGGCGCAGAUCAAGCGCUUCACGGAGGGCAAACCCUACCAACUCGAGCACAGCACCGGCAAACGCUUCCAAACCGACAACUACGCCGUCGUAGCCCAAGGCGCCGCCGAACGGCCCUGGCCCUUUUCCGCCUGCAGCGAUGGCAGAAUCACCGACCAGGAAUUCGACCGCUACAUGGCUACUCUGAAGAAAGAGAACGUCCGGGUUCCUAGUAGGAAGUACCUCGAAGCGCGUCUAGAUGCUAUCCAUGGUCUUCUGAACAUCAACUGGACAGAUGAAAUGAUCGGAAAGAAAUUGGCUAAUCAGCGGACGAUGGAGAAGAAAUUCGAUCCGGCUAAUCAGGCGAGAGUGAAGAGAGAGAAGAUCCACAAACGCAAACUUGAAGCCGAGGAAUCAGGGGACGCAGACGAAGUCGUACGCUGUGACGCCGAACUCGCAGCGCUGGAAAACAACGCCCAAAACUCCUCCACCACCAACAACCACGCCGUCAACGGAGCGGGAAUCAAAGCCAGCCCGGCAAAGAAACCCCCGACCAAUAUCAACUCAGCCCAAGAGCACCUAGCAAAACUCAAUAUGAAAAACCGCGGCAAGAACGUCCAGGAGAUCCGCAAAGCGCUCCUGGAAGAGAAGAGGAAACUCGCUCUCUCCCGUGGAACCGCGGCCGCGGAAGCCAAAGCAAAGAUCACGGCGGAGUUGGCGAAGCAGGAGGCUGAGGCCGCGACGGCGGCGAAGAAAUUGCUUUCGGUGCCUGGGAAGGAGGAGAUGAGUGAUCUUUUUGGGGAUAGCGAUGUUAGUCGUUCCGUGACGCCGGUGCCGCAGGGCUCGACGCCUAAGAGGUCGAGGGCUGGGACGCCUAGUGCGGGAACUUUGGGGAGUGGUGGUGGUGGUGGUGGUGGGGGGGGUGGUGGUACAGGGGUUGAAGAAGGAGAGGAGUGCGCUUGCGCUUGGGGCGAUCCGGAAGAAGGAGUUGGAUGA